AUGUGGUCAGUCUUCCAACGAAUGGUCGACGGCAAAGCGCGUACAAACAACUACGCGGAAGGCGCUCAUCGACGCAUGCAGCUCGAGUUCGGAGUCAGUCACCCGACGCGAUGGAAGUUCAUCGACGGCUCGAGAAGGAUACAGAGAAAUCGAGACUUCCUGUUGGAACAAUUCCUCGGAGGUGUUCCAAGUGCUGAAAAACGCACACACCGCAAGUCAUUCAAUAUCACGAAAAUCCUUCUGGGAGAGCUCCUGAAAUCCCACAGUCAGAUAAGCCUUGAUUACGUCCCGUUGGAGACGUUUGCCAAACAGCAAUCAGUCCGUUUGAUAAGCGAUAUUCUGGAAAAACUGAACCAUCUCACUCUGGCCGUCGAGGAUGUGAAGAUUCACAUCUUGAACAUCGCGGCUUCUUCCAACUUGUAUCGUAAGCAGCAAUCGGUAGCCGGUGCCGCCAUGGCAAUGAAAUGUCUACGCGCAUUCAUUCUCGCCGUUGCCGAACUCUGCAAUUUAUUUGAGCUCAAGAGUAACCAUGAAUUGACAAAUUGGUUUCUGAGCGCGUCGCUUUGCGAGCAGACCCUCCGUGCAUUGAACAUCAGAGUGGCGUAUCCCGCUGUAGACUUCAUCCCGCGUAUGGAAGAUUUCGUAGCGACCCGUACGUUGGGGAAAGGCGGUUUCGGUGCCGUUUUCGAAGCACGCUUCGUCCCGAAGAACAUCGUGGUGUGCAUCAAGCUCAUACCAUUGAGUAGAUUAAAGAAAGUUUCCUUCGCUUCGCUCGAUAAGAUUUUAGCAUCCGUGACAGAACAUGCGAAACUGGUUCAGUAUUAUUCCAGUUUCUUGACAACUGAGGCGUACGUCACCGUGAUGGAAUGCGUUCAAGGAAUCGAUCUCAUAAGAUUCAUCGAGGCUAGGGGCGAGCUUUCAGCCGACAAGAGCGUCGUGGUCCUCCUGCAGAUGGUGAAAGCCAUUGCUCAUCUGCACGCCCACGGUUUCAUACACCGGGACGUAAAGCUCUUGAACACGCUCAUUCUCCCUGGGGGUCAUAUUAAAAUCAUCGAUUUCGACACCUGUAAGAUCUGUAUGGCUCACUUCGUGGAAACGAAACCUUUGCAUACGUACUUCGAGAAAACGGCGAACGAGUUUUCGGAUCAAGACUACGCUGGAACGAUCACGUUCCUUCCGCCGGAGAUAAUUCUACGAGAGUCUUACGGGAGAUCGAUUGAUUGGUGGGCGAUCGGAGUGACGAGUUUCCGACUGCUAGCGGGGAGAUUGCCAUUCAGAUCGAAACACCGGCAAAAGUUGAAAGAGAUGAUUGUCAGAGAGGAGCCUGAAUUCCCGAAAGAAACCGAAGAAUCCGCGAAAGAUUUCACGCUUCGGCUGCUGCACAAAAACAAGUCGAAGCGCCUGGGCUCUAGAAGCUACACCGAGCUCACGGGUCACAAUGUCUUCAAGAAUGUCCGGGGCGAUCUACCCUCGGACGGUGUUUAUUUCGAGACGAAUGUCGGUAAAUCCACGACCUUGAGAAAAGAGAGAUCGAAGUACGGCCACUGUCUGCGGGUCCAUGUUUAA